AUGUCUUCGCAGUCAAACGGUUUUAUGACAUCGAGUCUCCAAGCAAGGAGACAGCCUCGACGUAGUAAAGGAUGCGUGACGUGCCGUAAACGAAGGGUUAAAUGCGAAACUGCCGAAGAUCCCGAGUUUCAUUCUACCAAUGUCUUAAAUCAACGAGAAAACUACGAGCAAAUACCUGUCACAAUUGACUUGCAUGGUUUCAAAAAUGAAGUUGUGAUAUCUUUCUUUGUCAAUAACUUAUUUGUCCUCGUUAAAUCACCUCUCGAAGACGGUUCAUCAAUUCUCAAUCUUUUCUCAGGCAAUGCAGACUCAACAGCAUGCAUGUCAGGCUUAUGUGUUGCAGAAGCGUUCUUCUCCAGUAUGCAUGGUAUACCUGAGAUGAAGAUCCAUGCUUGUGCGCUGUAUGGCCAAGCUGUUCAAAAAUUGAAGGCCGAUCUUGGAAUGAGGACAGAAGUGUCGACGUCUCCCCUUUAUACCACGAUAUGGAGUGCCUUGUUCCUUGGCGUAUACGAAAUGAUCUCUUCUGAUUCAAUGUCCAACUGGUUACAGCACUGCUAUGGUGCCGCAGCAUUGCCCAUGUCCAAGACGAUCGGGGACUUCGUACAAGAUAUUCUGUGCGACAUCCCUGGUCUGAUGGAGGAUGUAGAUGAUCUUGCCAACCCAAUCGGGAACUCAGUAUUAGCAAGUUUACUGAUUCAGAAGCUGCAAUUUACGUUCGAGCAGCUUGAUGCUUUACGAACUUCAUGGAACUUUAUGUAUCCCGAUGCUUGCUGGAGGGCUGGGAAGUUAUCAACCGAAGCAACUGAAGUCCUCGUGGGCAUCUUUGAUAAGGUUCUAUGCUUCUCUGAUCUCGAACGAGCUAUCGAGUUUGUCUACUUCAACACGACGCACCUAAUACUGAAUUCACUUCUGCGGCAAUUGAGAUCAAGCACCAAAGGUUAUGUCUUUGAUGCUGGCUUGUCUCCUCUAGAGAUCAGCAGCCAAGAGGUUCCAAUACUGGUUUUCUGGAACCAUGAUAAUCGACACCAAAAUGCACCGGCAAUAUGUAAAUGCGUUGAUUAUAUGAUGCAGAACCACCGUGGAGCAUCUGGAGCAUUCAAUCUGCUUUUUCCAUUAAAGGUCGCUUACAAUCACCUAAGCAAUUUUUCAAUCAUGCAGACAUGGAUUGCAGGAGUCAUGGAAAAGAUUUCGACUACGAAGGGACUUUUCAUCAGCGCGGAGAUCUUAAAGAAGUAUUAA